AUGGCCGAACGCAUGACUUGGGACCACCGCGCCGACCAUGACCUGUUGACGGCCAUCAUGCAAGAGCUCCAGCCGUCGCAGGAGCAAUUGCGCGGUGUCAUGGCCCGCAUGCACAGCUUCGGCUAUACCUGUACCGUCAAAGCCAUCACCCAGCACCUCCAGAAGCUCCGCCGCAAGGAGGAAAAAGCCGCAGGCGGCGGCAGUGCCAACGGCGAGGGCUCCUCGACCCCCAGGACCCCGGGCGGCCGCAAGAAAAACGCGGCGGCCGGCGUGAAGAAGGAGCCCGGCUCCGGCUCCAAGCGCAAGCCGGUCGCGGUCAGCGACGAAGAGGAAGAUGUCAAGCCCGCUCGCGUCAAGAAGCUGAAGGAAGAGCCUGGCGUCAAGUCCGAGGAGUCGGACGGGUAA